AGUCCCUCCAGAAACCCCAAAUCAAAAUUCUCGGUCCUAUAAACCCCAGGUGUUUUCUUCUUCUUCCCCCCAAUUCUCAAAUCUUAACCAUUUUUCGCCAUGGAUGAAGAAGAGAUUGAGAAAGCAGUCGUAGCGUAUUUGAAGAAGAAGGGUUUCAAGCAAACGGAGAUUGCUUUUCAAGAAGAACAGCAACUGAAUAAAAACAGCUCUUCUUCAAUCCACAACAACAACUCCGCAAAUUCUCAGAUUGACCCCGACUUAACCAAAAAAAUCCUUUCUUUCUCUGAAUUUGAAACCGGUCCCCAACGAUACCAAGAAGAAUAUAGCAAGCUUCGGUCAUGGGCCUAUAGUUCACUGGACUUGUAUAAGCACGAGUUGCUUCGUGUUUUGUAUCCUGUAUUUAUUCAUUGUUUCAUGGAACUUGUCGCUAGAGGUCAUAUUCAAGAAGCACGAGCCUUUUUCAAUAGUUACCGUGAAGACCAUGAGAUGACGCAUUUGCGUGAUCUUCAGAAGUUAGAAGGCGUUCUCUCACCAUCCCAUCUAGAGGAAAUGGAAUUUGCUCAUUCUAUACGGCUGAGCAAAGUGAACAUUAAGAUGUGUCAGUACUCCUAUGAUCUUUUGCUGCAAUACUUGCACAAGACAGAAUCUAUUACAAUGCUUGGGAUCAUCAAUGAGCGCAUUAAUUUUCAAGUUUCUCCUGGACAGCCUGGCUCUAUAUCUGAUGAUGCGGAAGUUGUAACUCUUGUUGCAAGUGGCCAUGAUGCUAGUCUCAUAAAUCAGAAAGAAGUUCAUUGGGGGUGUGUGCAAUGGCAUGCAAAUUGCAAUUACAUUGCAACCGGAUCAAGCGACAAAACUGUACGCUUGUGGGACGUCCAGAGCGGCGAUUGUGUCAGAAUUUUCAUUGGUCAUAGGAGUAUGAUCCUAUCAUUGGCAAUGUCUCCUGAUGGUCGAUAUAUGGCAUCCGGUGAUGAAGAUGGAACAGUAAUGAUGUGGGAUCUCUCAAGUGGACGUUGUAUUACUCCUUUGGUCGGUCAUUCCUCCUGUGUGUGGUCACUUGCUUUUAGUGGUGAAGGCUCACUUCUUGCAUCUGGCUCUGCUGAUUGCACUGUAAAAUUAUGGGAUGUAACCACAAGCACCAAAGCGCCACUAAAAGAAGAGAACAAAUCUGGAAGUAACAACAGACUUCGUUUAUUGAAGACCCUGCCUACCAAAGCUACUCCAGUCUAUGCUUUGCACUUUUCACGAAGAAAUCUUCUAUUUGCCGCUGGAGCUUUCUCGAAAAGUGCAUGAAUCCCUGGCUUUAAAGUCUAUUGACGUGAGAUUACAUCAUGGUUCCCUUGCAAAUUUUGGUACAGUCAUCAAUGGCAAGUUUUCCUUCUCAGGCCUUGGUUUUGUUAGAGGAGCAACUCAUGUUGGUGAUACCUGCAUCUCACAUACAAUUUUGCAUCGCAUGGUGUAGUUUGGAACGUGGGAUCUUUUAUUUUCUAUGGUGGAUGAACGUCGGAUAUGUAAAUACUUAUUUAAUAUAUGGCCUUAAAAUGCUUAUGUUCCUGUAACCCUGGUAUUAU